AUGGUUCUCAUCAAGAGCUUCGUGCUCGGCGCUCUCGCCGCCACUGUCGCAGCUAAAUCCGCCGUCAUCGAGCUGCUCCCCUCCAACUUCGACGACAUCGUUCUCAAGUCCGGCAAGCCCACCCUCGUCGAGUUCUUCGCCCCGUGGUGUGGUCACUGCAAGAAGCUUGCUCCCGUCUGGGAGGACCUCGCAAACACCUACGAACACACCAAGGACGUCCAGAUUGCAAAGGUCGACGCCGAUGCUCAGCGUGAGCUUGGUAAGCGAUUCGGUAUCCAGGGUUUCCCUACCCUCAAGUUCUUCGAUGGCAAGAGCGCAAAGCCUCAGGAAUACAAGUCUGGCCGUGAUUUGGAGAGUCUGACCAACUUCAUUGUCGAAAAGACUGGUGUCAAGCCCAAGAAGAAGCUCGAGAUGCCCAGCGAGGUUACCUACCUCAACGACGCUACUUUUUCCAAGGCUAUUGGUGGUGACAAGCAUGUCCUGGUUGCCUUCACUGCUCCCUGGUGCGGACACUGCAAAACCCUCGCCCCUACCUGGGAGGACCUCGCUACCACAUUCGUUAACGACAAGAACGUCCUGAUCGCCAAGGUUGACGCUGAGGCUCCCAACAGCAAGGCUACCGCGGAGCAGCAAGGUGUCAAGUCCUACCCUACUAUCAAGUGGUUCCCCGCUGGUAGCAAGGAGCCUGUCGCCUAUGAGAGCGGACGUACUGAGCAGGCCUUUGUCGACUGGAUCAACGAACAUGCCGGAACCCACCGUGUUGUUGGUGGUGGUCUUGACGCUGUCGCCGGUACUGUUGAGUCUCUGGAUACCCUCGUGGCCAAGAUCACUGGUGGUGCUGCCCUCGCCGAGGUCGCCGCCGAGGUUAAGAAGGAGGUCGAGAACCUCACCGACUCUGCUCAGAAGACCUACGCCGAGUACUACGUACGUGUCUUUGAUAAGCUGAGCUCUAACGACGAUUGGGUUUCCAAGGAGCUUGGUCGUCUGGAAGGCAUUCUCGCCAAGGGUGGCCUGGCCCCUUCCAAGCGCGACCAGAUCCAGGCGAAGACCAACGUCCUUCGCAAGUUCGUGCAGAAGAAGGCCGAGGAGAAGGUCGAGGAGAUCAAGGAUGAGCUGUAA